AUGGCCUUCGGCACACGCGGCUGCGGCGGCGACGGCGCCGCCGCCGCGGCGCCCCCGCCGACGGUGCUGCUGGCGCCGAGGGCGCCGAGCAGGGCCGCGCCCGAGCGGGCUGGCGACCAGGCGGCGGCCUCCGCGCCCGCGGGCCAGGACAGCGUCUCGAGGCUCCAGGGCGAGGCUGCAGAGAGGCAGGCCCAGGACGAGAGCUGGAAGGCGCAGUUCCUUGCCAUGCGCGCCAGGGCCGACCUGCUCGAGCGGCAGACGGGGGAGAUCCGCAGCGGCAUGGAGGCGCUCAUCGGGGCCGUGGAGCGCAAGGACCGCGAGCUGGAGAUCGCCCGGGACGAGAUCCGCAGGCUGACCAGCGCGCAGCCAGGUCCGCCCGUCGCGGCCCUCGACGCGAGCGUGCCGCAGGUGGCCAGGCGCUGGUCCAGCGUGUCGGUGUCGCCCCGCGCAGCGCAGGCCCCCGCCCCGGCGGGCGCGCAGUCGCCGGGGUGGAGCAGCCAGGGCUCGGCGGCGGUGAGCGCCGCGGUGCCGUCGCGCUCGCCGAGCUUCGACGGCCACCUGCGCAGCCCCGCGGCCGGCGGGGCCGCGACGCCGCGCCGCCCGCCUGCCUCCGCCCAGGACGCGGCGGGGCGCCGGUGCUGCUCUCCUGCGCCCUGCAGUUCCCCCGCGAGCGCGCCCCGCGUCGUCUGCGGGACACGACCGCGAGGCGUCGCCGAGGGUCGACGCGGGCGGCAGGGUGGUCGCAGCCGUCGCGAGGAGAGCGCCUCGGCCUCCACGGUGCCGCGCCGCGCCGCCGCGCGACCACGGCGCCUCACCACGGCGCAGGCGCGCCCGCUGCUGACCGUCCAGAGGGUCGCGCUGCACGGCGCGGCCACGGCAGGCCACCCCGCCAAGGGCCGGCAGCCCCUGGCGGCGCCGCCCGCGGCGGCCCGCUGGACCCUGCGGCCAGCGCGUGCCCGCGCGCCG